AGCCGAAUGAGUGCUGCCAGCGAAGCAGUUUCCGGGGCUCUUUUUCAGCAUUUAUUUCGUAUUUUCUCACUUUUUGCCGAUCAAAAUGAAAAAGGAACAUUCAAACCAGCACAAGCAGAAUUUCUGAUUGAUGAGCUACUCCGAGAGCUCCGUCGCCAAACAACUCCAAAAGUACACGAUCUACCGGAAAACGUGACUUUCAAUGAGUUUCUCAAUCUUCUCCAAGUAAUUUUCCCUGAUCGUGAAGAUCUUCUAAUUGCAACUAAUCGAGUCUUUGAGAGAUAUGUUAAUCAUGUUAUUGGAAAAGGAUUUGUGUUAUUCCGAAAACUGUCUCAAAAACGUGGUUGUCUUCCGUUCAAACGACGAACAGAAGAUUGGCAGUUUGGAUGGCUUCAAGUGUUGCCAGGAGUGGCAGAGAUUCGAAAGCAAAACUCUGACAUUGAUGAUAUUAUUCAAUUUGAUGAAGAUACAGUAAUCGAGCCACCAGUGAUUGACGAAGAUGCUUCAGUUUGGUCGGUUAUUUGCAAUUCAACUACAGCAUUUCAAUUCUCACAUCUCGACCCCAUAAUGGCCCAACUUUUUGUGAAAGAUAUGAGAUCUGCCAGAGAUUUCCCAACAAGAGAAGAACUUGCAGUUUUUGAUUAUAAAAGAUCCUUGAAGAGCCGACCGACAAAAGAAGGAAAAAGUCGAAAAGAGCUUGAAACUGAAAGAUGUCGUUUGGAGAGUGAACUGGAAGAGGAGAAGAAGAAUAGAAAAGAUGAAGAAAUUGUGAGAGGAUUGACAACGAGGCUUCUCAAGCAAGAAAUGGAAAAGUCUGAGCAAAUGCAACAAGUGAUUUAUGAGCUCCGUUCGAAGCUUGAUAAUGGUGAAAACGAAGCAGGAGUUGAUGAUGAAGAUAUUGUUGAUGUGGAAAUGAUUGAAGAUGAAAUAUCAGAAGAUGUUGGAGAAAAUGAAGAAAUUUCAAUUACCUUACCAUCAAGAGAGGAGAAAAUUCAACAAUAUGCAUAUCAUUUGUACGCGACGCAAGCAGAAGAACAUGUCACAUCUGAUGAUGAAGAGAUUUGGAAACAGAAUUAUAAUUUGAUUGUUUCAACGCAGUCUGUCUGAUAUUUCAAGUUUUCCAAGUUAAAAAAAACAGUAUUUCUCUAGUAAAAUGAAAUAU